AUGGCUACGCGACAUCCGAAUUUCCUUGUCAUCGUUGCAGACGACCUGGGCUUCUCAGACACCGGCUGCUUCGGCGGCGAGAUCAGCACGCCCAACAUCGACAGCAUCGCCGCCGGCGGCCUGCGGUUCACUGACUUCCACUCUGCGGCAGCAUGCUCGCCGACCAGGGUCGCCGCCCUCCCGGAGCUGCUCAGGGACGCCGGGUAUCACACCAUGAUGUCUGGCAAAUGGCACCUGGGGCUCGAGCCAGGCCGCUGGCCCUGCACCAGAGGCUUCGACCGGUCGUACUCCUUGCUGCCGGGUGCCGCCAACCACUACGGCUGGGAGCCGCAGCUCCAGGCAAAAGGCGAGGACCUGCCUCGCAUCAUCAGACAAAAUCGAGUCUUCUACGUGGAAGACGACCGCCCCAUAGAGCCCCGGGACCUGGGCGCGGACUUUUACUCCACCACCGCUUUCACCGAUAAGCUGCUCGACUACAUGGACGACCGCCAGAAGGAUCCAAAGUCCAAGGAGCAGCCCUUCUUCGCAUAUCUCGCCUACUCCGCCCCCCACUGGCCGCUCCAGGCGUCCCGCGACGACAUCGCCAGCUAUAAGGGCCGGUACGACGACGGGCCCGAGGCCCUCCGCCAACGCCGCCUCCAGAGCCUCGAGAAGCUCGGCAUGAUCCCCCCCGGCACAGUGCCGCACGACGUGCUCAAGUUUAGCAACCGCACCAUGUCCAAGUUCUGGUGCGACCUGAGCGAGGAGGAGAGGAGGUACUCGUCCCGCUGCAUGGAGGUCUACGCCGCCAUGGUGCAGGCCAUGGACAGGCAGAUCGGGCGUGUGCUCGACCGUCUACGGGAGACACGCGAGCUGGACAACACGUUCGUCCUCUUCAUGUCCGACAACGGGGCCGAAGGCUCGCUUCUCGAGGCAAUUCCCAUCAUCGAGGAGAACGUGUUCGAACACAUUGCGCGCUACUACGACAACUCCCUCGACAACCUAGGCAGACACAACUCGUACGCAUGGUACGGGCCUCACUGGGCCUCCGCCGCAACAGCACCCGCACGCCUGUACAAGAUGUUCACCAGCGAAGGCGGGAUCCGGGUCCCGUUUAUCGUCAACUAUCCCCCCCUGACGGCGAACAGGGCGGGCGCCAUCGACCCCUCUUUCUGCACCGUCAUGGAUAUCGCCCCCACCGUCCUCGAGCUCGCAGGCGUCGCACACCCGGCGCCGACAUACCGGGGACGCCCCAUCAUGCCCAUCCGCGGCGCUUCCUGGGUGCCCUAUCUCUCUGGCGCACAGCCUCGAGUCCACGCCGAGGACCACGUCACAGGCUGGGAGCUAUUUGGCCGGCAGGCGGUGCGCAAGGGGGACUGGAAGGCCCUCAUGAUCCCAGAGCCGCACGGGCCGGGAGACUGGCAGCUGUACAAGCUGAGCGAGGAUCCGGGCGAGACGCGAGAUCUGAAAGAGCUGUAUCCGGAGAAGCUGAAGGAACUGCUGGAGGCGUGGGAUCAGUACGUGAUGGAGGUGGGAAUCGUGGGCGAAGCGAUGCAGUAUGGUGUCCUCGAUGCCGAUACCAGCCAGGUCAAUGGGAAGAUAUAG